AUGAGCUACUACGAUAUUGACGACAUUUUAGCGGAUGCCUCAAAGUUUCCAUGCCGGUUCAACUAUGACAUUCCGGGUCUUGGAUACUUGGAGGGAAACGCGGGGAAAGAGAUUCGGAAAAACGCGAAAGUAGAGCUUCCGCUGUGGUUGGCCCGAAUUCUAGCUAUUGUGGGAGGAGACGCUGGUCUCAAUGACGAGGAUGCGCUUCCUUUUGUGGAACUGAUGCAGCCUGAAAUGUUUUCGCCAAAAGUCCUAAAUGCCAUUAAAUCCGGCCCCGUAACGCUCGACGUACAUUCUAUCAACUCUCAUUUCUAUGCAUUAGCCAUCAAAUGGGCCACCUUGUUUAAUGACCGUGACCUAAUAGAAGUCCUCAACUACAUGCUACUCGAAAGAUGUCAAGAAAUAAAUAAUCAUGCAUCUAGUGUUCAAUUGGAGAAUGUAGGCCGUGGAGGUAGCCAAGGCACUUUCAUGUUAACUCUUGACGAGUUCGAGAAAGUCCUUUAUAAAGACAGUCAUGAAAGCUGUAAGGACACAAAAAAAUGGGUAAUCAGAAAAUAA